UUCCUCAUUUUUCUGAUUUCUCUUCUUCUUCUCUUUCUUUUUCUUCUUCAUCUCCUUCGUUUCUGGGUAUUCCUUCCUCUUCUUUCUCAUUUCCUUUCUUUUUUCUCUAUUCCUUUUACUCUUUCUCUUUUUUCCUUACUCUUCCCCUCUCUUUCCUCUCUUCUUUCUCUAUACUUCUUAAUAUUCCUUUCAUUUUUCUUACUCUUAUUAUUCUUCUCCUCUCUUUCACGUUUUUUUUUUUCCUUUGAUUUUUCUGUUUUUUACAAUAUUUUUUAUUCCACUCUCAUUUUUUUUGUUCCAUAAUAUGUUUUUGAUAUUGGUAUAUUUUUAUUAUUUAUAGUUUGUUUACUAACUUCUUCUUCUUCUUCUUCUUCUUCUUUUUUUUUUGUUUUUGCAAGUUUCAUAUUAUAAGAAUUUGUUAAUGAGUUAAAUAGAUAAUUGUCUCAAAAAUGUUUGAGAAAUACAUCAUGAAACACUAGGAACAGCAAUCAAAUGAAAACAGUGGGAAAUUGUAGAAAUCCCAAAUUUCUCAAUGGCGGCAAAAAUCAAGCAGACAGCAACAACACCAAGCACAAAAUUGAUGUGGAGAAAGCAAAAAUGGCAAUAUCAUCAGGGAAAGAAAAUCAAAACAGGAGAGAACUUGAAAGAAGGGAAGAACUCACUCGCCCACCAUCCCUUUCUGAAGACAUCACCCCUGUUUUGGGGAUGUGUAUUUUGGGGCGUGGUAGCUUCUCCUGCGAUUGUACAAUAGACAGCUCAAGGGGACGGGCUGCCUCACUUCUAUUGGCCCAACGCAUCAACGAGGACGGAGUACUGUACCUAGGCCGUUUUGUAGUAACGGUAGAGAUCAAGAAAGGGCAAAUCCGUUGGCCGAAAUUGGGUUUGAUUUCCAGAAAUAAAAGCCCUGUGCUUCAGCCGGCAAAGCUGGUCCGACAGACGGCGGAAGAGAAAGGUCCGACGGGGGAGAGACAGGUCCGACGGGGAAGUGAGAGAUCCGAUUGAGAAAAAUCAGGGAAUAGAGAGAGAAAAAUCAAAAAAGAGUGAAAUUUCCUUUUGUAAUCGGGAAAAAAAAAAAAUGAGUGCUUUUGGGUGAAAAGGAAAACAUUGAGUUGUAAACACUUGAAAUUUCAAUCAAAAGUUCUCUGUUUUCAAUCUAUUUCCUUUCCCUUUCUUUUCUGUGUUUUUUCGUUGGGUGCAUUUGAUCUUGUUCUUGCAACUCACGGUGCUGUUUGGGAGUCGCAGUAGCAUUCAGGAAUCAGGCGGAAGGCAUUUCGAGUUUUAGUUCUUUCUCGACUCGGAUUCUGCAUCGUCUCUGUAGCCAUCUUGUUUUCCUUCUCUUUUCUGCUCUGUUUCCCGAUGAUGCUUAACCGAACUUGGAUUGGUGUGGGAUGAUGAAUGCUCUGAUAAUUUUCUUUUGUUUGAAUAUGAUUGAAUGGUUAUUAUCUCAAAUUCCUUUUAUGCUUAGUCACCGAAUCGGUGUAGAAAGACAUGAGUGAUUGCCUUCGGUUUUAGCCUUCAAUUUAUGUGCAGAUUUUUGUGUCCGUUUUUGUUUGAAUGAGUUUCUGGGAUGAGUGAGAAUGAAAUUGUGAAACUUUC